CGGCGCCCGAGGCGCCGGGGGACUCUGGUCUGCAGCCAAUGAGCGCCACGGCCCCAGGCGGCGCCUCGCCCGCCCCCUCCCGGAAUGAAGGCCGCCCGACAGCUGGCAAGGCUGGCGCAGCGCGCGGGGCGCGGGAGCCGCGCGGGCUGGAGCGGAGCGCGCGCACAGCCAGCCCGCCUCCGCUCCGCCUCCGUCCGGGGCGCGGGCGAGGUGGCCGGGGCGGGGGAACGCAGGGGGCAGGGCCGUGGCGGCGAGGCCGGGGGGCGGGGAGGAGUGGGCCCGAUAAAAGGCGGCGCGGCGGCCCCACCCCGCGGCAGGCCGGCGGGCAGGCUCGGCGUGUCCUUUCCGUCCGGCCCGCGCCGGCGGCGGGGAGGCGGCGCGCGGCCCGCAGCCCGCCCAUGGAGGCUUUCCCCUGGGCGCCCCGCUCGCCCCGCCGCGGCCGCGCCCCCCCGCCCAUGGCGCUCGUGCCCAGCGCCCGCUACGUGAGCGCCCCGGGCCCGGCGCACCCGCAGCCCUUCAGCUCCUGGAACGACUACCUGGGGCUCGCCACGCUCAUCACCAAAGCGGUGGACGGCGAGCCGCGCUUCGGCUGCGCCCGCGGUGGGAACGGCGGCGGCGGCUCCCCGCCCUCCUCCUCGUCGUCGUCCUGCUGCUCCCCCCACGCGGGGGCCGGGCCUGGGGCGCUGGGGCCGGCGCUGGGGCCGCCCGACUACGACGAGGACGACGACGACGACAGCGACGAGCCGGGGUCCCGGGGCCGCUACCUGGGGAGCGCGCUGGAGCUGCGCGCGCUGGAGCUGUGCGCGGGCCCCGCCGAGGCCGGGCUGCUGGAGGAGCGCUUCGCCGAGCUGAGCCCGUUCGCGGGUCGUGCCGCCGCCGUGCUGCUGGGCUGCGCGCCCGCCGCCGCCGCCGCCGCCGCCGCCGCCACCACCACCAGCGAGGCGACGCCGCGCGAGGAGCGGGCCCCGGCGUGGGCAGCCGAGCCCCGGCUGCACGCAGCCUCCGGGGCGGCGGCCGCCCGGCUGCUGAAGCCCGAGCUGCAGGUGUGUGUGUUCUGCCGGAACAACAAGGAGGCGAUGGCGCUCUACACCACCCAUAUCCUCAAGGGCCCCGACGGGCGAGUGCUGUGCCCCGUGCUGCGCCGCUACACGUGUCCCCUGUGCGGCGCCAGCGGCGACAACGCGCACACCAUCAAGUACUGCCCGCUCUCCAAAGUGCCGCCGCCCCGCAGCGCCAGGGACGGCCCGCCUGGCAAGAAGCUGCGCUGAAGGCCCGGGCUCCCGGCCGCCCAGGGUCGCCGCCGCCCCUCGCACCGUUAGGUCUGCGCACCAUCUCGCCCCCGCCGUGGGGAGGCGUGCGGCUCAGCGGUCGGCUCGACAUGGGACGUCGUCCUGGUGGUUUUUGAAAAGCAGCCGACCGUGUGGAGUACUUCCGUGCUGAACGAUUGUGACUAGACGCUGAAAUCCCCAUUUGUCUUCAGUUUCUAGUUGGCACAUCCAGAACGGCGAAGGCUGGGUGUGUAUUCCACUAACUGAAAUAUGGCAACUUAGAGGCGCUGUUUAUUUACUGUAUACGUCGACCUAUUUUAGAUGCGCAUCAGUAUGAAAUUGUCUCAAUCUUGGAUGUUUCAUUUUAUGAAUGGAGGCACUUUACUAGGUCUAGAAUAUUUUUUUAAAAGCCUCUGAACUGAGCUUAAAACUGGCGAUUUUAUGAAAUGUCGGCAAAAUGACUAUUUUAUUGUUUGAAGCGAGUUAAUAUUCUCAGUUGUCUUUAAAAAUCAGUUACUCUAAUUCCAGGUGAAGCAAGCCGCUGGUAGCAUCACCCUUAUGAGAAGUGAAGGUUUUGUAAACUUUCCAGUAUUAAUUUGGGCGGGUAUUCCCUCCUUGUGGCUUGUUUCUGUCCUAGCUGGAGGUGUAAAAUGCACAAUGUGUAGCAGGUAGCAUACAGCUCCUUAUCGUUCUAUGUACCAGGUAUUUUAUUACUGAACUAGCAACUAGCCUUUUCCACCUUUAAAAGUUGUGCCAAGUCAUAAUCAUAUUGUGUAUAACUUGGAAAUGGUGCUGUUUAAAAAAAUUGUGUAUUUAUACAGUAACAGUAUGAAUUCAUUAAUCUCACCUGUAACUUUCCUACUUGGCCUUUUCUCUACACACUCACCCACUUCCAGUUCUUUAAAAACGUUUAUGAUAUUAAGAUCAAAGGGAGGAAGGGAAGAGCAGCAGUAUUAAUUCAUCCUAGAUUGCUCAAUUUCAGGGUUCCUAGUGGAGGAAAGCCCAUUCCAGCUGUUGCCUGUCAAACAAAUAGAAGAUGGAUCUCUA